GGAAGAAAAACAAAUCGGUAGACACUUCAGAGUUCAGAGUCCCUUAUCGCUUGUUGAAGAAGCUGUUCUUGUACGCCAUGGAAACGAAAGAGGAGGAGGUUGUAGAAAACGCUAUGACUUUCAUAGCUAGAAUAUUUAACGAAAUUAUCAGUAGCCCGCUAAAUUUGGCUCUUUUGGGCGCCAUCGGAUAUGUCGCUUACAAAAUUGUUGCCACUCAAAUGGAAGAGAGAAAAGUUAAACCCGAAGAACCUCCUUUACCGAAGCUUAGAAAACAAGACAUGACUAUGGAGCAGCUAAAACAGUACAAUGGAACUGGACCUGAAGGCAGAGUUUUGGUAGCUGUCAAUGGGAAAGUCUUCGAUGUCACCAAAGGUAAACGUUUCUACGGUCCUGGCGGCCCUUACGCAGCAUUUGCCGGACGGGAUGCUUCUCGUGGUCUUGCCACCUUUUCAGUUGCUGCAUCUGAUGACUUUGAUGAUCUGGCUGACCUCACCCCUGUUCAGAAAGAAUCUGUAAAAGAAUGGGAAACACAGUUCACUGAAAAAUACGAAUAUAUCGGACGACUAUUGAGACCCGGAGAAUUGUCACGAAACUACUCAGAUGGAGAAACAGAAGGGGAAAGUAGCGAGGAAGAAGAGGACGCAGCUUCAUCUCGGCCGAAAGCUGAAUAAAAGACCCUCAGUGAUUUUCUUACCAUGUGUAUAGUUGGUGUAUUUUUAUUGUCUUUGAGAAAAGGUGAAAUUGUGCCCUCAAUUUUCCAUCUCAUAUUUCUUGCUUCUUUAAAAGGAUUCAGAGUAAAAAUUUGGCAGUUAAAUAGCUGUUCUACACAUUUCAAGCUUAUUUUUUCAUAACUCUUUAGUUGGAAACUUAUUUUGUUCAUUUGUGUACUAGGUCCAUAAUAAAAGGUGCCAUUGUUUGAUGCACACUAUA